AUGACGGGUAGUUGGGUGUUUUUUGCAUUAGGUGCAUUUGUAGCUAAAAGUUUUCCAGUUAUCGAAGGUAGUUGGAGAUAUAUGGGUGGUGCAUCUAUUGUGUUUCAUGGUAUUAAAACGUAUAUAUUCGGAAAACUAGUAAGGACAAUAGAAUUUCCUGAUGGUGAAAUGGUAUCUAUAGUAAUUAGGACCAAUAAUAUAAAUAGAUUAAAGAACGAAAUUAUUAAACAUCAACCGGCAUUAUUUCCAGGUGUAGAAUUGGAUUUUGAUGAUGUUAAAUACUUAUCGCGAUGGACUCCACCUCAUUUUACAGAACCAUGUUUAAAAAAUAAAGAUUUAAAGAUGGUACCAGAUGGUGGUGUUAUUUUUUGGAGUAGAUUCGAACCAAUACCAAAACGUGGUGUAACAUUAGAUAUUAAAGAUAAAGAUCAUAUUAAAUUAGAUCAAGCAAUUCAAUACGUUUCAAAAUUAGGUAAAGGUGGUAUAGCAGAUGAAUCAAUUCGUUUAACAGAAACUCAAGAAAAUGCAUUAAUCGAUUUACUAUUAGAAAAAGAUGAAGCCAUUUUAGCGCUCCACAGAAAUUUUAGUCCAUAUCCAAGUGUUUUUAAAUAUCAUGCUUUAAGAUAUCUUAACCAUAAAAAAGGUAUACAACAAGAAGCCCAUUCAAAAUUAAAAAAUGAACCAAUUGAAUUAUCACAACCAAAUCAACCACAACAAUCCCAACAACAACAAUCCCAACAACAAAAACAAAAACCAAUCCAAACUGAUAAUAAGACUUCAACUAAAGCUCCUGGUGCUGAUAUAGUAAAUACAAAUUUAUAA